AAUUGGGGGUCAGGCUCUCAAAUCGUCCGGGGCUUGGAUAAUUGCAUAUUCCUGACUUUCUUGAUUGUUAUUCCGCCAAUCACUCUUCGUGCUCACGGCGGCACGAUGACACAGCUUGUGGCUGAAGCCUGAAGGGAGGUGGGAGGUGUGUCGGGAGCCCAACCCAGUUGAAAAUGCUGCCGCACCCGACGGUCUUCUCCGCUUUCCCACGCUCGUCGACGAAGAAAUGGUCGUCACCCCACGCCUUACAAAUCCUGCGAAGCGCUGUCAACAUUAUCCAUGAACCUGUUGUUACCUCCCUUGGUGUCGUGCCGUCCUUCGCGUCUAGCCCAGCAGGUCGCAGGUUCGCCUGAGAUGACCGAGGUUGAGAAAGCCAUCUCCAUUCUGCGUGGUGCGAUGGUGCCGAUGUCCUCGCCUCUUGCGCAGUCUCAAAACGCUUGGAAUGGGUUCGGCGGAUGUCUUCGACCAGGAGGUGAAAGCCCUGAAGAAGCAGAGCAUGACACCACAUGAUCAUCUCAUCUCGCUUCUUGCGUCCUACAGCUACCGCGAGAGGCACUAUCUGAUAUUUCCGUGGGCGGAAGCUGAUCUCUAUCGGUACUGGAAAGACAUGAAUCCCGUUCCGAGUCUGGAACUAGGAUCGUCGUACACGCCAUGGGUGAUGAGGCAAUGCCUGGGGCUUGCUCGCGGCUUGGCAGAGCUUCAUGAAGCUCGCGUCGGAGACGACAAUCACGCAAACUCUGGGGACGAGCAUCUCUUAUAUGGCAGGCAUGGCGACAUCAAACCAGAGAAUAUCCUAGUCAGAUCGGGCGGACCCGUGGUAAACAUUGGUUACACGAACACAUACGCCCCACCGGAAGUCUUACUGCAAAGGUCGAUCAUCCAAGCCUUCGACAUCUGGUCUCUAGGUUGUGCUUACCUUGAGUUUGUCACCUGGUUACUCUACGGGUGGCAAGGUGUUGAAAAGUUCAGCCAGCGACGGGCGAGGGAGGACGAUCUGACGCCGGGUCAUUUUGCUACGGAUGCCUUCUACCAGACAACCAUAGCCGACGAGACGGAGUUGACUACGCUGAAACAAGCCAUUCUGGAGACAAUACAAUUGUUGCGGGCUCACACAAAAGUGUCGGAAGCGAUUCAGGAGAUCCUGAACAUGAUACAAGAUGACAUGCUACGCAUCGAGCAUACGGAGCGGAUUAACACCCCUGCCUUGGUCCAGAAAUUGCAGGAAAUCGUAACACUGUGCCAGAGAAGCAACGAUUAUGCCACGACGCCGGUUCCUCGAGCAGCAAAGACUGAAGCACCGACGCAAUAUGCGUUGAGCAAGGCAUUCAAGGAAGGACAACCUGAUUUAGCACCGGAGCCCCAGGCGACACCGCAUUCGGGUCGGCAAUUCAGCAGAAUCCGUGUGUAUAGUGCGAGGAGGAAAAGCGCGCUUCGGAGAUCAGUGUCUACCAGGAUGUCGAUUGUGGAGCAAUUGGCGCAUAUUGGAGGUUAUCACGCAUGA